GCGGGCUGUAUUGUUGGACAGAGUUCAGUUCAGUUUCAGUUUCAGUUUCGGUUUUCAGUCUGCAGUUUGUUUUGAGCGUCGACGAAACGUGCGACCGGGCAACGUUGAAUGCCAAACGGGUUCUAUUUAUAGAGCGACUUAUUAAGUGUACUUCAAUAUUGAAGUUCUUACAAAUUUACAAUUUAGCAUCACAAAAGUAACAAAAAUAUAAAAACAACCCACCAAAAUGUCGAAACCCGUACCAAUGUCUACAUCCAAUACGGAUUAUGAUCUGCAAAAUAUUCGUAAGCCCGAACCAUUUAAACUUGGAGAAUUUUUAUACAACUCCAAAGAGGGUACGGUUAUGGGACGAGAUCGUGCCUCAUGGGCUAAGAUUGGCAUCUUUUACAUGGCAUUCUACGGAGUACUCGCUGCUCUGGUGGCCAUUUGCAUGUGGGCCUUCUUCCAGACACUGGACCCGCGUAUACCCAAAUGGACAUUGGAUGGCUCCAUAAUUGGCACAAGUCCAGGACUCGGCUUCCGCCCACUGCCGCCGGUUGAUAAUGUGGAGAGCACAUUGAUCUGGUACAAGGGCACACAGCAUGAGAACUACAAGCACUGGACGGAUUCCCUGGAUAAGUUCCUUGAUGUGUACAAAACGCCCGGCUUGACUCCAGGACGUGGUCAAAACAUUUACAACUGCGACUAUAACCAACCACCACCAAGGGGUCAGGUUUGCGAUGUGGAUAUUAAAUUGUGGUCCCCUUGUACCAAGGAGAACAACUAUAGCUACCAUAAGAGUUCGCCUUGUAUUUUCCUCAAGCUGAACAAAAUCUACGACUGGAUUCCCGAGUACUACAAUAGUUCAAAGAAUUUGCCCAGUAACAUGCCCGAAAAUCUGAAGACCUACAUCGCCGAGAUCGAACAGAAGGAAGCGCACAAGCUCAACACAAUUUGGGUCUCCUGUGAGGGUGAAAAUCCGGCCGAUCAGGAGAACAUCGGACCAGUUAACUAUUUGCCCGUACGUGGCUUCCCCGGCUAUUUCUAUCCGUACCACAACUCCGAGGGUUACUUGAGUCCCCUCGUUGCUGUGCACUUCCAGCGUCCCAAACGUGGCAUUAUCAUCAAUAUUGAGUGCAAAGCCUGGGCACGCAACAUUAUUCAUGAUCGCAAGGAGAGACUUGGCUCUGUUCACUACGAGCUCUUGAUCGAUUAAAGAGAUCGAUUAAAUACAAAAUGUAGCAACUAAUAAAGACGAUCGUUUGUCUAAAAUAGUUAAAACAACACCAAAAUUCAGUUUUUCCUAAGAAAUACAAUUUACAGCUUCAUUCUUAUAUACAAAAUAAACCACGAAAUAAGAAAUGACAACACAAAAAAAAGACAUAUAUAAAAAGAAAAACAAAAAGAUUAAGAAAGCCAGUACCAUCUUUUGAUAAUACAAUUUUUAAAUGUAGCUUCUUCUUAUACAAAUAAAAGUAAAAUAUAAUAUUAAAGAUUUAUAGCAAGAAUUUAGUCUACCGCCUAAGAAGAUUUCUAUAAAUUUCAAGCGAUUUUGCGAUUAUUACAAAGAAAUAUUCUAAUAAUUAUGAUUAUAAUUAAUGAUAUUGCUGCUGAAUGGAGAUGUUCCCCCUAUAUAUUAUGCUAACAUGCCGAUUUGUGAAAGUAAAUCUCCAAGGAUUGUACUAAAUGCGAAACAAAAAAAAAGCUAGCCAAUUACGAAUCUCAUUUAGCUCUGUUUCAAACUACGACAAAUUUACAUGUUAUUGCUUAUUUAAAUAAAAAAAUUAAUACAAAAACGAAAAUUGUCAUAAAAAUCACUAUUAAAACUGCCAUUUAAAAGCGCGCGAAAAUUUUUAGUAGCCCGUAAAAGGAAAAACAUGUUAGAAUUAUAUUUAAAUUUAAAUUUAAAUUACAAAUGAAAAUUGAUGUCAACAGCAAAAGGAACAACAACAAAUAAUAAUAAUUAUUAAUAUUAUUAUGAAUACAUUUAAAAAUUUGCGAUAUAAAUCUUACUGACCAAAACAUUGUACAAUCUUAAACUACAACUAUUGCAUCAACUUUUGGGAGCCAAAUAAAGUUUUUAUUCCAUUAAAAGGAACAAUUCCAAGGAAACAUACCUAUUAAAACCCUUUUUUAACUAAAAUAAUAACAACAAUCUUAUAAACAAUAUUAAUAAACGAUAUUCUAUGAACAAUUUUCGAAUAUUUUUAAAUACUUAUAAAGACACAAGUCAAAUGGAAUGUAUAACAAUCACACCAAUAAAAAAAUUCGAAAAUUUAUUUUUAAGUUAAUUAAUGUUAAAUCCAAAACAAAACAAAAACAACUAAACAGCUAUGGCUAUGUGAAAUCAUCUUUAACCUGUUCUCAAUAAAAUGGGCGAUACAAAAUCAAAAA